UUUUUAAAUAUUACGAUAAUUUCGAUGAAGUAAUCCUUUUUUUUAUACAAAUUUAAAUCACGUAAUUACUUAUCAGAAUUUAUAUAAAAUAACCGCUAUAAAUGAAUAAAGAUUUUCUACUUUGAUGAAAAUAGUACUUAAUUCUGAUUUGUACAAGUUUUUUCUUAUCGUUAUAUUGUUUACAGAAUAAAUGUUCAAGUAUAAAUAUUUGUUUGAUAUUAAAUAGUUAAUAUUCUCUGUUUAUUCCGUUUGCGAGAUAAAACGUGAUAAAUAUGUGAGUAUCAAAAAUAGUAUUUAUCGUUAAAGUAAAUACAAGAAGAAUAAAAGUGGGAUUUGACAUAGUUUAUUGCAUAAAUCUAUAAAAGUUUAAGAUCAGAGCACAAUGACAUCGUUGAAAACUGACGAAAGGUUAUCAGAAGUUUUGGAGCUAUUCCUGUUACCUAAUUACGACAUUGUGUCCACAACGUAUCUUGAUCUUAUGCUGUCACAUAUUUCUAAGAAUAUAAAAGAGCGCAACACGAACGAUUACGAACACUGCGAAUUAUUUUGGAAAUGGAUAUCAAAGGCAUUAAAUGUUUGGAGCGUCGAAUUUUUACCUUCACAGCCCAUAAUGAUAUUUACUUUAAAACUUGUGGGCAUAAUUUCGCGUAACGAGUUACAUUUUCAUUAUUGGCAGAACCAAGAUCUAUAUAAUAGACUAUGUAGUACUUUCAAACUACGCGGAGACGAUAUACCGGUAUCCGUUAAAAUGGCAUAUACCACAAUGUUGUCGAAUUUGAUCGAACACAGAAGCGGAAGACAAUGGAUUAUAAAAUUUGGUAUUUGGAAAGACAUUGUAAAAUAUGCUCAUUGGAAUCACACUUUGUACGUUACACGGGCAAGUCAAAAGUUCGUAUGGCUUUUGCUAUUAUACGAACAGCAAAAUAUAAAUUUUUGUAAAGAAGUUAUUUUAGAAGUGGCUUCGCCGUUAAUGACUAACACUUUCGAGACUCAAGUAUACCACGUUUUAAACGAUAAUUGUUUGGAGCAGAAUAAAUUAUUAUGUACAACAUUAGAUUUGUUGAGUAACAUUAUUGAAAAUACAUUCUUUGUAAAUAUUGAUAAUACGAUACCUGAAUUAUGCGAGGAAGUGAUCGAUUUAGAAUUGAGAGUAAAAGCUCUUUUCGAGACAUGCAUCAGUACUAGACUGUUAUCGUAUAUUGAAAAGCUACUGUUACAAUGUUUAUUUAUUCCGCUAAGGCGUGCAAUUAAAGAAGGAAAGGAAGCUGUCGAUUGUGAUACGUCGCAAAAAUUCUGUUGCGAUUUAACUUACAUACUGCUAAUGCUUUUAUCAAAAACAUAUUUAACAGAAGUAAUACGAAUACAUAAACUUUUAAUGAUAUAUUGGAAGAAACUUCAAUCGUUACGCGCAAUUGCUCUUCCGCACGAACACAAAUUUGAACAUCAAAUUAUAUCUGUAAUGGUUUUACCUUUGGCUAUAUGUAUUAGACUGAAAUAUAGAGAUACCGAUAUUUUUAACAUGUUUGUUACUAAAAUAUUUAAUAUUACAUCUACAACCGUGCAUAGGCUAGCAUAUAAGGUACGAGAUACUAUUAUUAAGAACGACUUGCCGGCAGUUCAAAUUGCAAAGACAUCUAUCGACAUGGUUCUAGAAAUAAUAGAUAUUAUAGAUAGGGACGUAGCGGUAAUCGCAUUUCAAAUAUUUUCUCAUGUUCUAAAGAAUUAUGUGCCAGAUAUAGAUACAGACGAAAAUGCAGAUAACGCAGGGAUAAAUAAUUUAACAAACGUGGAUAAUGGACCGAAGAAAUAUGUAUUUAAAUGUCCAUUAGAAGGAGAUCCGAUAGUCGAUCAUCCUACAUUAUUGGCAUCGCUGUUAAACGCUCUGGCAAUUAUGACAGAAAAAUUUAAAUUAAAAUGGCAAGAAUGCGUGGAGACUGUGUGCUUGUUAUCUAUAGCGCAAGAAAUAUUAAAUCAUCCAGGAGCAUUGGCUACGAUUUGCGUGAAAGCUUUAAGAGUAUGUAAAUUAGCGAUUCAGAAUUUUAUGCCAUCGAAUUUAGUGCUAUUGAUCGAAACAGAUAGCCAUAUGAACGAAAUAGGACCAACGCUUUUCAAACGAUUACACGAUGUCAAUUGGGAAGUUCGUGAUAGCGUGCUAGAAGUUUUGAAUACUAUAGCAAUUAUUUCAGAAGACAAAUAUCCAGCAUUUCAAGAAUUUUUAUUAGCAAAUCAGUUUGUACAAGUGGCAAUUGAAAUCGCUAAAUCAGACUGCGAAAGUUACGUUCGAGCUUCUGCUCUGAUUUUUAUUUCCAGCACCGUUCGAAUUAACAAAAUAUGGGAUGAAAAAUUAUCGCGGUACAACUUACCUGAUAUCGCGAUGAAAUUACUAAGGGAAGAAAGCGAGGCUAUAGUUAGGAAAGAGGCUGUAAUUCUAAUGAAGGAAUUAUACGUACAUCGUAAAUGGCAGAAAGACGUUAUCGAUUUAAUGUCACGCGCAAUGUCAACGGCUGCUGUUCUCGAUCUCCAUUGGGAAGUGAAGAUAAAUGCUCUGGAUUUUUGGAUAGAAUCCAUAAAAUCGCAUUUAUCCGACCAAGGGGUACUCGAUGGUCAAUUUCCAAACGUAACAUUUUCCAAAGAACAUAGAAAAAUCGUCGCUUUAAACGAAACCGAGAUUAAGCGAAGGCUUAACAAAGCAUUGGACGAAUUAGCGAGGCAAAAUUGUUUAGGAGUGCUUUUAGUAACUCUCGAAGAUGAAAGUGAUUUCGAAGUAUGCAAAAAAUCAGCAUUGAUCAUAAAUAAAUUGAAAAAAUUUCUUUUAAAAUACAAACUUAACGAACCAUUACCAGAGCUGACUUUGCCUGAAAACAGUGCCGUAUUAGAUACUUGUUACGUUAAAUACGAAUUAUCCGAGGAUGCGAGAAAUCCGAACGCUAAUCAAACGUUAAGUAAUUCCAGCAACGUAAUCGAAGAAAUCGUGGACGCUAACGACGCGAAUUUGCUUGCUUCUAUUUGCAAGAAUUCGAUGAAAAUGAACGAGGAAAUGGAGAAAACGGAAGGGAAAACGCUUAAAUCGGUUUCUCGCGUUACUAGGCAAAUUUUCCUUAAAAAAAUCUUUAAUUCGGAUAUCGAUGCUUACGUCGCAGACAGGAGCCGAUGGUUAUCUACUUACACCACCAGUUUCGAAUCUAUAAUGGAAGACAUACUAACUAUACAUAAGAAAGGAGAUGUAAAUUCAAUGGACUGCUAUUAAUUAUAAAAUAAAGCGCAUAAACUGUGCAUAAAAAGAGAA